AUCCUGAUUUGAAUUAGUUUGUUCGGAAAUGUUAGUCAGGAGCGAUUGAUUGUUUUGUGGACGCAGCGAAAUGCAUUUUCUGGACAACUUUGAUCUUAUUCUGCUCCUCAUUAUUCUUCACGUUUUCUCCAAUGUCCAAGGAACCAACUUGCAUAAUUUGACUUUGUGUCCGGUGGACGAAACCAAAUGUCACGAGUGCACAUCAAAAUCAGAUCCAUUUAAAUGCUACUGCACUUCGGACAGGAAGUACACCAAUCUCACUUGUCACAGCGGAAAGUUGAAUCUGUACGACGGCAGGAGUGGCGGAUUGAUUUGCCCAAAAGAGAUAUUACCAGAGUGCAAGGACACGUGCGGAAAAAAUAUAACUUUUGGCGACUGCGGCUGCCCAGAUUGCGUCGCUGCGAUCAGGAAGAAAACUUGCCAAUCCUUUCUGCCAGGACAUCUGGAACCAGCAACCCCUGGUCACAGGGGGCCAAACGACUGCCCAUCCGACCUGAGCAAAUGCCACAAUUGCACAAAUCACCUUGACUGUUUCUGCCCUGCACUUAAUAAAACCAUCAAAAUCGUCUGCAGCCGCUACGGCAACUUCCUCGACCUCUUCAACCCUCAAAGUGGCCUCCCUCACUGUCCACCUGUGAGUCUUGCGUCCACAAACUGCUCCUCCUCGCCCAGUGAUGGCAAACGAGCUUGGUGCAGAAGCCUUGCAAUUGCACCUGAGACAACGACAACAACGACGACGACGUCCUCCACCCCCACCACCAAACCAAUCUUUACAGAGGUUGAAACAUCACCUUCGAUCAAAAGCACCAUUCAAGCCUCACCUCAGCCAACAACGACCGAACCCGUCAACCCUCGAGAUUCGCCAAUCAAGGGGGUGAUGUUGGUGGCCACCCUGGUUCUGAUGGGCGUGGCCCUGCUCGCACUCUGCGUCCUCAUCGGCCUGCUUAUGAAGGCCAUCAGGGAGGCCAGGAUGGUCAAGGUCGCAAGUGACGCUCAGCAGGGCGACAAGGCAGAAACCACCUGAUGAUAAUUGAAGAUGCUCAAAAUUUGCUCCUUUCACAAUAUCGAUGGAAUUCAAAAAUAAUGUG